AUGUUUUGCACCUGUGGCCAAAAGGUCACUGUAAGAUUGGUUUUAGCAGUUGCAGUUGCAAGAGGAUGGAGAAUUCAACAAAUUGAUGUGAAUAAUGCUUUCUUACAUGGAGCUUUGGAGGAAGAACUAUAUCUCAAGCCACCACCUGGUUACUCUGCUACUUCAGAUCAAGUGUGUAGAUUAAAGAAGUCUCUCUAUGGACUCAAACAGGCACCACGUGUGUGGUAUAAAACUCUUGCUAAUAAGGUCUUACAGUUUGGUUUUGAAAAAUCCCCCCAUGAUCAUUGUCUGUUCUUCAAGUAUAUUGGUGCAGAAAUUUUGGUUUUAACUGUUUAUGUGGAUGACAUCCUGCUGACAGGAUCCUCACCAAAACUCAUGGAUGAAGUCAAACUAUAUCUUCACCAAGCUUUUACAAUCAAGGAUUUUGGAGAGGCCAACUAUUUUCUUGGAUUGGAAAUAAAAUUACUACCAGAUGUGAUGAUUUUGACUCAAAGGCAGUAUAUCUUUGAUAUCCUUGAUGAUAUGAAUAUGCUAGAAACCAAAUCUACAGCCACUCCUUUGCCUACUGGUUUGAAGCUCUCUGCUAAAGAUGGUGAACCUCUUGCUGAUGCAUCAAGGUACCGUAGAUUAAUUGGAAGGUUGCUGUAUUUGAACUUCUCUAGACCGGAUGUAACUUUUGCCACACAGCAAUUGAGUCAAUUCACGAGUGAACCUACUAUCACUCAUUGGAGGGCAGCAACACACUUACUAAGAUAUCUUAAGGGAACCAUGAAUCACAGCUUGGCAUUUGAUUCAACAUCUUCAUUGCAGUUGGAAGCCUAUUGUGAUGCAGAUUGGGGCACAUGCCCUGACUCAAGAAAAUCUAUCACUGAUUAUUGUGUGUUCCUUGGAUCUAAUCUUAUCUCUUUGAAAGCUAAGAAGCAGUCUACAGUAAGCAUCUCAUCAACAGAAGCCGAGUAUAGGAGUAUGAGCACAACAACAAGCGAACUGCUUUGGAUUUCCUAUCUUCUGAAUUCAUUGAAGGUGACUGUGUCACAACCUAUUCCAUUGCACUGUGACAACUUAUCAGCACUACAUAUAGCUCGUAAUCCGGUGUUCCAUGAAAGAACAAAACACAUUGAGAUUGCAUGCCAUUUUGUCACACAUCAUGUCUUGACUGGUUUCAUAUCUUUGGUUCAUUCCAAUGUUCAAAAAUUUGCACUCCAAGCUGUGCAUGAUCACGCUUGGUUCGAGAAGAGGGUGUCAAGAAUUGAAGAAUAA